AUGUCAGAAUCAAGAAAACACGUCGUUUUUGAACUCUGGGCCUUAUUCUGUUUUGUGUUCUACCAAAUUGCCUCUGGAUUUCCUGAGACUAGAUUAACCCGCGAACAAGAUGGAGAUUAUUUUAACAAUCUCCAUAGAAAUUGUGAUUAUGGUGACGAAGAAGGAUUUUGUUUUUCGACAAAUUCAAUUUGCUCUUCUACUCCAAGCAGGAAAUGUUGUUACUGUAAAUGUCGCGCAAUGGAAACGACUUUUAGUGUGACAAAUUUACGCUGUGCGCCAGAUCUGGACUUUCGACAAGGUACGGAUAUGUAAUAUAUAUAAGAUCUUAAAGUAAAUUUUUCUAUGUUAGUUGUCAGCGACGUUAUCAGCUAGACAAUUGUCACUGCUCAAGUACGAUAUUUUGGAACAUGUUAAUUUCUGAAUUCCAUAUCGUUUGUCACUUAUCAGUAGAUUUACCACAAGCCCGCGUCGCUGAAAUCCUUGCUUGGGAAGGAUUUUGUGAAAGACCAAUAAGUUCAAAACCCAUUGAUUGUGGACUUGUAUUAUAAUUACAAAUUAGAAUUUUGGGGCAUCUCAUUUCAUUAAACUAUUGUUGAACGAUUGUGUAUAUGGAAAUUCCGCGAGUGUAAAAUUCUAUACACCUAUUUAGAUCUGUAAACCAGUUGCGAAAAAUGCAACUAUCAGUGGAUUUCACUCGAGCCAUACAGUGAUAUACAAUAGGGAAACGCUUGUUGCAAUGGUGGUCAACUUUGCACAUAUUGCUCCUUUAUGCCUUAAUGUGGAAGCAAGUAAAUUUCGUUAAAGUGCAUAUAUUUGAUACCAAACACAAGAUCAAUACUUAUAACGAAUAUUUAACUUGAUCCGAUAGAUGUGUUUCCUUUUGGAGUUUACCUAAGCGCUAAACCUAUCACGUGACUCAAACCCAGCUAUAUUGAUCCUCUGGCAGGAAUUGAAUCUGCGAUUCCGGUGCAGUUCUCUAACCAACUGAACUAUAAAAAGUCCAGUUGUCGACGAGCUUUAAGCCUCUAACCGCAAGUUCUUGUAUAUUUGUGAUAUAUGCUAAGGUGAUUCCAUGGUGAAGUAUAUAUGGAUAACGCUUGCAUGUAUUCUAAAAGCUCACUUACUCAAAGAGUGGAGGUUCAAUCUGAGGCUUCCCUUGAGUGUCAAUGCUGUUUUUGAAUAGCUGGAGGGUUAGUGUCGUACCUUACUAUGUGACUACUCACCCUGCAGCUAUUCAAAAACAGCACUGACAUUCAAGGGAAGCUCAGAUUUAACCUCCACUCUUUGAGUGUGAGCUUUUAGAAUACAGGCGUGCAUGUAAAUAUCAGGUUUUUGCAAUUUUGGUCAUUUUACUCGAUUGAACUUAUUGUCCAGGAUUUCGUUGAAGAACAUUUCGUGUAAAUUUUAUAUUUAGAACUGUAUUAUUAUAUUCUUUGUGUUUAAUGAUCAUGAAUUGUUAAUGUAAAACGUGUGUAAUGAAUAUUUUGUGUGUGUGUUUUUUUUAUUUUAGGAUGCAAGGUAAAGUUUGAUGAUAAAAAUUUAAACCCGCCAAUAAAACUCCUUGAUCUAACCAAAUGGGGUGAAGCAAAAAUAUACUGGCAACCUGACUCCUCGCAUGAUAAAGUGAAAUCGUUUCACAUUGUCAAUAUGUAUUCGUAUCAUGAUGGAAGAAAGAUUGACAGUUUUUUAAAAGAAAAACGAAAAGGAAAGGAGAAAGAAAAACCAAAAAAGAAGAAGGAUGGUAUCUGGGAAGCUAAAAUUCAAGUAAACUUUAUUUACUUAUUAUACCGUAAAUUUCCGCCUCUCAAAUAAGCACUAGCCCCCUAUGUACUUUAUUUAAGUCCUCCUCUGGUAAGUCCCCUAUGUAAUAUGUUCCCUCUGUCUAAAUAAUACCCACCCCCUAACAAGUCCUCUGAUAAGGAGCAUAAGUAGCUACGUCCAGAAUUAAUUAUUUAAAGUUGUCGGCUUAAGCGUUCAAGUACCGAGAUUCCAUUACAAAGGGAGUGUAAAAGAAGACACAUUCUUUUGGUUUUGUUUUAGUGGAAUAGCGCUCAUUCUUACAGUGGCAAACUGUUCAAAGUUAAUAUCUCAUACGAAAUUGAAAAAAGUGACAAAAGUCGCAUGAACAGAAACGAUUGCUUCGUUUUCAAGUGUAAAGGAAGUACCGUGGGUAUGAAAGAGACUCUCUUUGUGCUUUUUUAUUUAGCAAAGUGCGUGCAGGGUCCAGUAACGCUCAAUGGGUAGGGUUAGUUAAAAAACUAUAAGGGCCCCUAACAGUUAGGGGGCCCCAUCAGCUACGGCCUAUCGCCCAGAAAAUUAGAAAACUUUAAAAAUGAAGGUUAAAGAAUAAAUGGGAAAAUACAAAAUGAUGAAUAAUGCUAAAUAUAAAGCCUAUUGACAUAGGGGCUCCUACACCAAAUAUGCCCAAGGCCCCCCCCCCCCCUUUCCUCCGUUACGCCACUGGCAGGGCCGUCGGCAUAACAAUACUGUUGUCCAGUUUUGAUCCAGUGAUGGAAAUAUUAAUGUUCGAUUGUCUUGUCAUCGUUUGAAAACUCGACUGUUCUCCAAGCCAUGCAGUCACGCAUUGUUUUUACUUAUUUUGCUUAUUUUGCAAGGCACCUGGUAAGCGCACACCCACUUAACUGUUUCGUUUAACACUGUAGUGACUUUUCCAACUUUACCUUCAACGACACCACCACCUUCAACAACAGAAAAAUCAACAACCCGGAAAUCAACUUCAACCGAGAAACCCACUUCAACAACUGAAAAACCAACUUCACCAACCCAGAAACCAACAUCACGAACCGAGAAACCCACUUCAACAACCGAGAAACCCACUUCAACAACCGAGAAACCAACAUCACCAACCCGGAAACCAACUUCAACAACCGAAAAACCCACUUUACCAACCGAGAAAUCCACCUCAACAUCUAUUUCAUCAUCAAGUAUGGUGCCUUCUCCUACAGAAGAAAUUUUAACAACUGCACGAUUUACAAGAAAAGCACCUAAUAAUACACAACCUACCAGAAAUACACCACGCACAAGAAAACCAACAGAUCCGGAACAACCACAUGUCCUCACGAGCGAAAUUUCAUCGUCCAGUAUCGCUGCAGACGUUCCUGAAAAUGAAAGACAGAGUUCCGAAAAUGAAGGAAACAAAAUGGUCUAUAUCAUUGUUGCUGUGGUCGCUAUUGUCACUGUCAUUGCUUUGGCUGUUAUCGUCCGUUUUGUCAUGAUACGUAAAACUAAGAAGAAAAUGUUAAAGAAGUAAGAUGGUUUAUUAAACUAUUAUUUCAUACACAGGAACAAAGUUACUACAGUGAUUUAAAGAACCAAAAAUUAUGUUGAAAAACGAGGAAUUAUAGCCGAAUAUUUUCACACACUUUAAGGUAUUUUAAAUCACAUUUCGACUGAGUCAAUAUACAACUUCUCAAACGAGCCCGUAUUUAAUUUUUGUAAAAUAAAGUAAAAUAAUGUUCGACUUAAUUCAGCAAGACGUUUGCUACCGAGAGACAACGAUACGGUAUACUGCAUGCUUUCCUUUCCGUUUUGCUCAUGAGUUUGAGAAUUAACUGUCUUUUUUUCCUUUAGGCGUGAAAGCAGUGCUAAUAUUAUAAUGUCAGGUAAGUUUCCAGCUGAAAUGUUUUUGCUUGAAUUAUUUUAAUAUUGUUUGAUGGCAGUUUCAAAUAUUAAAACUGGAGUUCUCAAACAUUCUUUAAUUAAUCUAGAUAUUAAUAAAAAUAAUAUCAAUGAAGAUGAGGAUGGACUCUACACAACUUUAGACAAGUCCACGCGCAACGAUGAGUCAAACUACCAGGCCUUGACAUUGCCUGGAGCAAAAAAUGUAAGCUUUGGAAAAUGUGUAAAUAUUUGUGAGCGUUAGGUUGUUCAACCUUGCAAGCCACGCUCUGAAAAAUUUUCCCCCGAUUCAAGAAAUGGUCAACUUUAGAAUUUUCACACAUCUCUUAUUUUUUUUAUUUUUCACUCCUAUAUGUAAUGAAAAGAAUUUGCAUUAUAAUCUUAGUGUGAACGCUGUUGAUUUACCACCAUUUGCUUCAGCUAUAGACUAACUGAUUUUGAUCUACACAAGAAGAACGAAAUCCCAUUACCAUAUAGCUGGAAAGUAAAGCUGCAAAGAUUGGUUGCUAAAUGUUGAAAAUGAGGAUAAUAUAUCCCUGUGAAGUUCACAAAUUUUGUAUAGAUUUGUAUUACGCGUGGUAAAAUACCACUUUCGGCUCAAAAAUGGUUAUUUUUCACGCGCGCAAUGCAAAUAUACACACGAAAUCCGCGAACUUCACAGGGCUAUAUUUUCUUCAUUUUACAACAUCAGUUUAGCAACCAAUCUUUGCAGUUUUACUCAUUCUAAGACGCUCUUUUUAGCUGUGGUGUUGGAUUUCGUUCUUCUCAGCUGUGCCUUGAUCAAUAUUUCGUCCUGUAGCUGGAAUCACCCAUUGUUUUAUUAAUCUUCACAGAAACCAACAACCAUAUUCUAUUCUUUUUCUUUUUAGAAGCAACCCACAGUUAAUGCUUACAAUGAAAAAAUGCAUCAAAUUGAAGGUAAGUACAAUAAGUAUAGGUUAUACAACUUAUAGGAGACUUUUCAGAGUGAGAAAAUUAAUGUAGUUUAAUUGCUUGCUUUAAAUUUUUGAAGCAAGAACAGUUAAAAGUGUGUGUGAACAUUUAAAAGUGUGAAACCAAACACAAAGCUACAAAAUAAAAGGCCUUUGCAUUGUUUACAAAUAUUUCAACUUCAUUAAUAUUAUUCAUCGUUGUUUUACUUCAUUAUACGAAAAUACAAUGGCUCAAUAAUAAUGGCUCAAUAAUAACAUCCAGUUUCCAAACCAUCAUAUAUGUUCAGUUUCCAAACCAUCAUAUAUUGCCGGAUAGACAAAACAUAAUUAGUUUAUUUCCAAGCCAAUAACCUAUGGUUUUCUAUCUUUAGGCGACUAUAUACACCUUGAUGUCGAUAACGUGUACAGCACAAUUGAUCCUCAAAUAAAUGACAGAAAAGUAGGGGCAAAAAGUAACGACGCAUUUGAUGCAAAUGAGGACGAACGCGCGUAUAGUAUUUUGGAACAGUACCCAAACCAGAUCGAUUAUACUACACCAUGUACUGGAGAUGAACGCGUUUACAGCAUUUUGGAAACGGAACCAGGCCAGAUUGCUUAUCCUACACCAAGUACCGUGUAUAGUGAACCUGAUUACGUCACAGUUUUGGAUAACAGCGACAUGGAUUACGUCACAGUUUUGCCGCCAAAAGUUGAGCCUGGCCAAUCAGAUUGCUCCGUUUAUGCCGACUUGUCUGAGCAAAGAGCUGGUGAAAAUGAAUAUCAAAGUUUGGUUAGACGAAAGAAAUGAAAUAUUUAGUUGAAUGCAAAAUGAUUGUUGAACGUUUAGUUUCUGAAAGUGUAAAAGCCUAAAAACUACACAUGUACAAUUUACAAAAUUAAAUUUCUUGAAUUCAUACAAUGUUG